AUGACAGAUCACUGUACCAACUUGUCACAAUACGGUGACUUGAGUUUGAUUGAUGUUGGCUCUACUUGGAACCAGAGUUGUGAGUAUGAACAAUACAUGACAUCUCCUGAUAUCAGAGGACAGGAGACUGCUGACAAAACCUUCUACCAAGCCAGGGUUGUGAUUGGUGUGGCCCUUGUCUGCAUCAUGCUGGUCUGCGGUAUCGGUAAUUUCCUCUUCAUUGUGACCCUGGCCAGAUACAAGAACCUGAGGAACAUCACCAAUCUUCUCAUAGUCAACCUGGCCAUCUCAGAUUUCAUUGUGGCAAUUGUGUGCUGCCCCUUUGAGAUGGACUAUUAUGUUGUCAGAGAGCUGUCCUGGAGCUUUGGACAUGUUCUGUGCUCCUCCGUCAACUACCUCAGAACUGUGUCCCUCUACGUCUCUACCAACGCAUUGUUAGCUAUAGCUGUUGACAGGUAUUUGGUCAUCGUGCACCCACUGAAACCUCGCAUGAAAUUUCAGACAGCGUACUGCGUUCUAACUGCUGUCUGGUUAGUCUCCCUGCUCAUCUCCAUCCCCUCAGCCUACUUUACCACAGAAACGACCUUUGACGCUUUUCCAGGCAGCAAUGGGAAAAUAUUCUGUGGGCAGAUCUGGCCAGCAGACAAGGAACUCUUCUACAAAUCCUAUUUCUUGUUCCUCUUCAUCCUGGAGUUUGUGGCACCUGUGAUGACCAUGUCCCUGUGCUACGUGAAGAUCUGCAGGGAGCUGUGGUUCAAAAGCAUGCCAGGUGUGCAAACCAGCCAAAUCAAGAAGCGGCUUCGAGCACGGAGGAAGACAGUCCUGGUCCUUAUGGGUAUAUUGACCGCGUACAUCCUUUGCUGGGCUCCGUAUUACGGAUACGCCAUCGUCCGAGAUUUCUUCCCAAAUGUGCUCUUGAGAGAAAGGCACUCCAUCACAGUGUACUACAUUGUAGAAUGCAUCGCGGUGAGCAACAGCAUGAUAAAUACGCUCUUUUUCGUCACUGCGAAGAAUAACACUUUCAAGUACGUGAGGAGGACUCUCCUUCAGCACUGGAGGGCUACCUACACACCAGACAAAAGCACCGUUGUGCAAGAGUGCCGAACCUCAAUGCUGCCUGUGUCUGAGUUGCUGCUUCGACAGCAAUAG